AUGGUAGGAGAUCCUAUGAGGCGCAACCAAAACCUUUACUGCCAAUAUCAUCAGGAUCAUGGACACAUUACUGAGGACUGCAGAAACUUAUGGGACCAUCUGGACCAACUAGUCCGGGAAGGAAAGUUGAAGCAACUCUUGCAUCAUUCCAGUGGUCGGGGAAGCCAAACGGGCUCGGAACUUCGGGGAGAUGCUUCUUCAAGACACCCUCUUGGCACAAUAAAUGUCAUUUUUGCUACCCCGGGGAGGACCGGAUCUUGUCCUUCCAGAGUAAUGUCAGUAUCUCGUUACCCAGCUAAGGAAUCCAGUUCAAUGCCUAAGAGAGUCAAGAUGGGCAUCCCACUGGUGUUAGGUUUUUCAGAUGAGGCCAAACUUGGAACCAUACAGCCCCAUGAUGAUGCUUUAGCGGUUACACUCAGGAUUGGUGGGUAUGAUGUGAAAAGAGUGAUGAUCAACCAAGGCAGCGGAGCUGAGAUAAUGCAUCCCGACCUAUAUAAGGGGCUAAAUCUGAAAUCUGAAAACUUGACAGCCUACAGUUCUCCUUUGGUGAGUUUUGAAGGUAAAAUGGUCGUUUCGAAAGGUCAGAUCAGACUACCUAUGCAGACCAGUCCGGAUAUGGUGGAAGUGGACUUCAUUGUCGUGGAUGCUUUCUCUCCUUACACGACCAUUAUGGGCAGACCCUGGCUUCAUACCAUGGAGGCCGUCUCCUCUACUCUUCACCAGAAGAUGAAGUACCCAUUCGGAGGCCAGGUUUUGGAGAUAGUAGGAAAUCAGUCUAUAGCCAGACAAUGCCUGGUAGUGGCCAUCUAA